CACCCGUUUACUCAAUCGUGCAUCCACAAGCAAUCGUCUACUUUGUCUGUCUGCAUCUCGCACACACGGUAGCUAAGCGACGUCCGUUAGCAGUGAGUGAGUCAGCUCCCAUAUGCACAUCCACACAUAAGUAAGGCACCAUGCGCCAUCUCUUGUCUCUCGCUCUUUCUGCCCUUGUCUAUCCAUCCAUCCAUCCACCCUAUCAUCUGGGAAUCUUGCCCUCGACGGCCUUGAGUGCCUUGCCCGUCAGCCCCAGGUGCGCCUUGAUGGCGCCAAUCAGGUCGCCCACAAACCCACACAAAGGCCCGUAGAUCAGCGACAAGGGCGACAGCGUCUGGUAGAGGUACACCACAUCGAAGGCAUAGCGCUCGGGCGGCGACGGCAGGUUUGGCACUGCUGAAGGGGGCUGGGGGGACUGUGCCUGCUGCUGCUGCUGCUGCUGUGUGCCGCUGGGAGAGGGGAGGGGGGACGGCUGUUGGCCACUGAGGUGGCGAUCAAAGCGCUCUGAAAUGUCAUGGAAUGAGCGGGCGAAGAUCUUCUUGGUGUGCUCCGGAUCGAGCACCUUGACCAACACCUGCACCGUCCAUCCACCCACCCAUCCACAGGUGUGUCAACUUGUCUGUCUCUGUGUCUGUCCCACCUUGUAGAGCGCAUUGACGUCCUUUGCGAAGGCCGCGACGGCCUCGUGUGGCGGCAUCACCUUGCCCUCAUCGGACGCGGUGAUGUCGCCCGGCUCCCCUCCCUCUCCCUCCCGAUCAGCCUCACUCUCGCUCUCUUCGUCGUCGUCUUCGCUCUCAUCCCGAUCGCUGUCCCGCGCGUGCGGCCAUGAGAACCACUUCUGGGCAUGGAAAGUGUACCUCUCAGUGAGGAUGUCGCCCAGCUUCUGGAAGACCUUGGAGCGGUGCUCCAGGAACUCGCCAUUGAUCUGGUGCAGCUCGCUCAGCAAAGACGGGCCGGCCUCCUGCAUCGCCGAUGUGGUCGUGCUGGUGCUGGCGACGGUCUUGGUGAGCCGCUCGUGGAGCCUCGGGAGCACUGCGGCGAUGCAGCCGAGCGUCUGUGCGGUGAGAGCCAGGUUGAGGGCUGUGAUCUUCUUGAGUGACUUCUUGGUGGUGGCCGCCUGGCCGCCCAGCACCAGGGCGAGCGUCUGGCGGUUGAAGAGCUUGACCGUGUGGCACAGCCGCUGCACCACCUCUAGCCCGACCACCGGCAGCCUCUCACACACAUCCACAUACUCGUGACACACCUGCAGCAGCACCAGGCACGACGCCACAACAGGGUAGGAGGCCCCGUCGAUGACCAGCGACUUUGCCGACGUCUGGGCCGGUGUCCCAUUGGCUGCCACAGAGCCGUUCUCCAUCGCGGCAUCGUCAGCAGGCACCAGCCGCCUCACGACGCUCUUGACGAAGUCGUCCUGGACGUCCGCGCGCUCCCACCGCUCGUUUUCGAGGAUGACGUUAACCUGGGCCACCUUGCUCUGGUGGAACUCCUCAAUGAUGCCCUUUGCCUGCUGGUACAGAAUCGCCCGCACAGUGCCGCCCAUCGCCCCCGCAAGAGCCGGCUGCAGCCCACCACCCUCCUGGCUGCCCACUGCCUGCGCCACUCGCUCGCGCGUCUCGUCGUGUAGGCGUGUCGCCGUGUCUAGCGCGCCGAUGGCCGUGACGUAUAUCGGCUGAAAGAGGGCGGGCGAGAGGGCAUAGUGAAGGUCGCUUCUGCUCUGCAGCAGCACGCCACUCUUGGCCAAGAGGGUCGACAGGGUGACCUCGGCCAGACGGACCAGAUCGGCAGCGACCGUCACGAGCUGCUCUCUCGUGUGCACUGGGGUGGAGGGGGCUCCCCCCUCGCCCUCUUGCUGCUGCUGCUGCUGCUGCUGCUGUUGGGGCGAUUGCCCGUCAGCUGCCGCUUGAGCGAGCUGGCGGUUGAUGGCGUGAAGGAUGAGCAGGGAGAGGACCUGCACGCGCCGGCCGACGGUGAGGCAGAAGCCGAGUAUGGCCCGCCAGAAGACGCAGAAGACGUCGUGAGAGAGCUGCUCCACCUGGUCACCCAGCAACACCCGAUCCUUCCCACCUGUGUGCCACACAGGCCAGGCUAUGAGUGCUCUCGUUGUAUCGCUUCGCAUGGGUGUGGACGUGAUGUACCUGAUGCUUCGCUCUCCUCAUCAGGUUCAUUCUCGUCUCCGUCCGUCUGUGCGGCGAUGGCCUCGUCGGCCCUCUUCCUGCUCUCCCCGGCCGCCAGCACGGCCUCGGCAGACGCCACCACACGCAGCGCCUUCUUGGUCUGCUUCAACAGCACGUCGCGCAGCGAAUGCACGGCUUGCUGCAGCAGCUGCCGUCUCAGCAACGUCCCAACCAAGGUGUCGAUCUUGGCGUGCUGGUGGCUGACGGUGUCUGUCAGGGUGUCCGCGGGAGAUGCGGACUGCCAGCCAUAGGCCCAUCUGGGGGUGCCUUCUGACGGCAGGGGGGAGGGGCUGAGGAGAAUCUCGAUGGCCGACGUGACGAAAUCUGCCUCGAGCAUUCUGUCGAUUGACGAGAGGAGGUCUGAGAGCUGGGCGGAGACGUGUUUGGUGGCGUGGACCCGGGAGAGCUGCGUGGUCAGGACCUUCUGGGUGGACUCGAUCAGGUCAACUGAAUCAAGGGAGCCAGCCGUAUACAUCUCCCUCUGUGCGUGGCUGUGCAUCCGAUGUGUGCCUUCACCUGCUGUUGAGAAGUCUUGGACCGACAGGAGCAUCUGUAGGGAAGGGUGUGUCUGCCUGAUGGAGCUGAGCAGCUCCAUUAACCGCACCAGCUCAAGCAGCCGGCCCUUCUUCUCCGUCAGACGCAACACCUACACAUAACCACACAACCACAUUCAUUCAGACACCCAUCCACUCUGUUUGUUGUGACUUCUUUGCCCACCUCGAGGCCAGGUGCAACAUCCCUCUCCCUCAGUGACGCCAAAUCGCCCCUCAGCGAGCGCAGAGAGUCAACCGCUGACCUGAAGCCCAGACAGACAGCCGGACCCAUUCAUCGGUGUGUGUGUGGCACGUGUGGGUGCGGUGAGCGUAUCGGUACCUGAGGUCCUCCUGGACGCUCUCCAGAUUGUUGAGUGCCGAGAAGAACGACUGGAACCGCGACCUUAUCUGGUCGAACAGACUCACCUCGACAACAUCCAGAUAAUUCGACAGCUUCUCCUACACAGACACACGAAGGAAAAGGCGUCAGGAUGCCGGCCGUCCGAUCUGUCAUGAUUGCAUCGGUGCCGUCCCCACCCACCCCACCUGCAUGGCCAUGCUCGUGUGCAGGGACUGUCUGAAAAUCUGGUGCUUGGCCAGCUGGAAGUCGCUCUGGAAGUACAUCUGCGGGACGAUCCGAAAGCACCGCGAGAAGUCCUGCACGCGAUGCAGGCUCCCCCUAUCACCGCCCGCCGCAUCACUCCCCCGCCGCCUCUCCCCCCUGUGAGCAUGCUCCCGCAGCUGCUGCCGUAUGCCGUCCAAAUACGGCCGGAAAUCCUCCGCUUUGACUUCAGGGAUCGGACUCAAUGGCGGCGGGGGAGCCUCCCUCUCUCCCCUGAUGGUCAACGCUUCCACCACCUCUGACCACAGGGAUUCGCUCUCGGGGUUGUUGAGCACCGACGAGAGGCUCUGCGUGGUCCGCAGCUCCCGAUAGACGUCGGAAUAGUCAUUUGGUGGGCGCGCAGAUGCUGCUGAUGCUGCUGCGGAUGAACCAGCUCGUCUUGGCGAGCGAGGGGAAGAGGGAGAGGGGCCGUCUGCCGCCAUUGGCUGCGAGUGUUGCCUUCUCGUCUCGGGAGCUGCUCGGGUACCCUCCAUGCGAGACGCCGGGGCAAUGGCUGCGCGGCGAAGGCUUGCUCAAACGAGUGUGUGACGCCCGACGAAGAUGACGGUGUCUAUCGUUACGCUCACGUAC